AUGACCGAACUAGUCAGACAAUUAUUUUCUCUCAAUUUAACCGUGAUGCGACUGUUAGGGUUGUACCCAACGAAAAAAUACAAAAUUAUAUACAAAGUGUACGCAUACAUAGUGUACAUUUUUUUCAUUGUUCCGGUACCAGUACUACCCUCGCUAUAUUUGCUACUGGGAGAAAACGUCGAUCUGGCUUUAAUAGCUCAAAAUGCGUUUUCUAUAGGGGAAACUACAUGUUUUGUUUUUAAACUGUUACAGUUUAUACGGAAUGCCGACAAAAUCAGAAAGUGUAUUUACUUGGUGGAGUCUCCAAUAUUUACAAAUUAUGCUAAAACUCAGGACCAAAUAAUGGAUGACUGUGUACAUGUGUGUACCAGAAACGCGAAAUUUUUUCACUUUUUCUGCAUACUGACGGCUGGAAGCUGGGCAGUUGUGCCCUUGUUUGGAAACGAGUACAAGUUACCUCUGGAUGUGUGGUUACCGUAUGACACAACAGGCGGUGGGUUACCAUACACUUUGACCUACAUUUUUAUGGUAACAGGAGUUUUCAUCGACUCACUAUUAAACGGUGCAAUUGAUCCUCUAAUUGGCGGACUUUUAUAUUAUGCAGCCACUCAAAUCAAAAUACUGAAGGAUAAUUUAGAGAAUAUGAGUGAAUAUGCUGAAGAACAGUUCAAUGAAGUGAAAAGUGGAGAUAUCGAAGAGGGCGUAAUUGAACUUAAAUCGAAAAUUGUGUACCAACGAUUGAAAUUCUGCGCCAAACUUCACAAGACGAUUAUAAAGUAA